AUGACGAAUAAUCUAGGUGUUUACUUGAACAAAGUCAAGGGAGACCCGUUUAAGAUUUGGGUUUACGACUGUCUGUCUGGAAGAGAGACCACACAAAAUGUGAAUGAUCUGGCUAAAAUACUCAAUGAUACCAGAACUGACAACUCUGUUGAAGUCAGUAAAACCCCCAAAGAGGCAAUUGUGGUGCUCUUUGAUUCAAGUUCUUCAAUGAUGGAAGAAUGUUAUGACACUGACAGUCAGAUGAUGCGCAUUGAUGCCGUCAAGCAAAUCUUUGACAGCUUUUCAAACCGAAGCAUGUCAUAUGAUUUUCAGCAUGUCAUCUGCCUUGUGAUGUUUAACGACAAAGUUAAAACUCUUCUUAAAUUCACAGAAAAUUUGGAAACCUUCAAGGAGCAAGUGCAUGCUAUUGAAGCAUCUGGGUACACUAGGUUAUAUGAUGCACUUGUUCGUGGUAUCUCAGAACUUGACAAUAUCAAGAAAAGUUUUCCAGCUUGCAGAUGUCGCAUCUUGUGUUUGACAGAUGGCAACGAUUUCAGUUCCAUGAGUAAUCCAGUCACCAUUGCCAGAAAAUUGAUGGCCAGCAAUAUUGUGGUCGAUGCCGUUAUUGUUGGCAAGGCAGAUAACACUGUUUUACAUGGAAUCAGCUAUGUAACAGGUGGGUAUUGCUUUAAGCCUGAGAAUGCAAAAGCUGCCCUAAGGCUUUUUGAGAUGGAAACUGUCUUGUCCAUGGAGCUGAGGGCAGAGAGAAGAAGGGUACCUGUUUCUUCCAUAAAAACGGAGGAAGACUUGACCAAAAUUUUUGCCACCCAUGGCUACGAUGAAAGACCGGAAAUGAAGAUUCCUGCUCAAAUCACUAAGAAAUCGGCCAGGACAGAGAAUGUACUAAAAAAGAAGAUACAAGAAUGCAAGUCAGGCCGCUUCAUGGAGAAAGAUAAACGGAUCAUAGAAGAACUGAAAAGUCUUCACUGUGAUCCCCAUCCAUUUUGUUCUGUGUAUCCCUCAGAAACCGACUUCACUUUUUGGAGGAUUGUCAUGAAAGGACCGCCUGAAACUCCCUAUGAGAAUGGAACCUUUGAGCUGUAUUGUCAGUUUGGUCGUGAUUAUCCAGUGAAACCACCUGUUGUUCGGUUCUAUACUCCUAUUUACCAUUGCAACAUCAACAGUGUGGGAAGGAUUUGCCACAACAUAUUUGAUCGAAACUACUCGGCUGAUGUUACUAUGAGAGAGAUCUUGGAUGCUGUAUAUGGACUUCUGAUACUCCCAGAGGCUGAUGAUCCACUAGACAGCAUAUUAGCAGAGGAAUUCCUGACUAGCAAAGAAAUCUAUGAGCAGGCAGCUAAAGAUGACACUGCAGUAAACGCAUGUCAGUCCAUGGAAUCCAUUGAAAAGCAAUACAUAGGUGAGAGCAACGUUCCAGUGCCUCCUCAUCUGGUAUGUCCCUUGUCAGGGAAGAUAUUCGUUAAUCCCGUCAAGACCAAAGGUGGAUGUGUAUAUGAGCGAAGAGCCAUUGAGGAAUAUCUUAAGACGAACAAUAAUGAUCCAGUUACAGGGAAGCCACUUAGUUGCACAGAUCUUACUCCAGAUAAGAACAUGAAAAAGUCUGUUGUGGAGUAUCGUACAUCCCAGAUAGAAGAAACGGGUCCCUGAAUAAAGUAGAUAUUGCUUUGGU